CAGUCGGCAUAAAUGUUUCCCUGAACCCAAAGGAUUGACCGUUGAGACGUUGAGCGUCCUGAAACCUUUUGGUGUUCUCAGAAGCAGGUUGGCCUUGAACACAUAGCAAUCAUCUUGUCUCGGCCUCGAGAACGCUGGGAUUACAGGUUUUCUGAACACUAAUUUCACCCUUCAAGGCCCUAAAUCAUACUCAUACUAAACACAUUUGAUAUAACACACAAGCCAGCGGCCAGCAAUCACCUCUGUUGGGAUAAAACCGUCGGGCUCCGCCCACGUCCGCGGAGGUUUGAAGGCCCCGCCCCAUCCUUCGGAGUUUCCCAAAAGCCCGUGCGGCAGGCCCGGCAGCUCCAAGAUGGCGACUCCCAUGCAUCGGCUGAUAGCUCGCAGACAAGCUGAAGCCAAUAAGCAACAUGUAAGAUGUCAGAAAUGCUUGGAAUUUGGACAUUGGACUUAUGAAUGCACAGGAAAAAGAAAGUACCUCCACAGGCCUUCAAGAACAGCGGAGCUGAAGAAAGCUUUAAAAGAGAAAGAAAAUAGAUUGUUGCAGCAAAGCAUCGGAGAGACUAAUACAGACAGAAAGACCAAGAAGAAGAGGUCUAAGAGUGUCACGAGUUCCAGUGCCUCUAGCAGUGACAGUUCUGCCAGUGAGUCUUCAUCAGAGAGCGAGACAUCUGCCUCAUCCUCCUCAGAAGACAGUGACUCGGAUGACAGCCUCUCUAGCUCCUCCUCAUCAGUUUACUCCUCCUCCUCUUCCUCCUCCUCUGACUCAGACUCGGACUCCAGCACCUCCAGUAGCAGCAGUUGCAGUACAGAGAGUAGUUCAGAUGAUGAGCCGCCAAAGAAGAGGAAAAAGAAAUAGGAUGCUCUCCAUUGGACUAGUGGACCAAAAACAUCAGUGUGAUUCACACUGAAAACUGGGAACUGAGAACAUACUCAAGCAAGCAGGCUAGAUGGUCAGCUUGUUAGAAUUCAGACCUUUCUAAGUAUUCGCCAUUGUACAGAAUAUUAAUAAAAGAUAUAUAUGCAUUUAUUUUAGGAAUGAAUGAAUAUUGUGUUCUUUUUGUUUUUGUUUUUUCGAGACAGGGUUUCUCUAUGUCUUUGGAGGCUCUCUUGGAAGUAGCUCUUUGUAGACUAGGCUGGUCUCCAACUCACAGAGAUUUGCCUGCCUCGGCCUCCCCAGUGCUUGGAUUAAAGGCUGAAUAUUGUGUUCUUGCUAUUUUUUUUUAAGUUGGGGGUCUCUGUUUGUAGGUCUGGUCAGCCUGGAACUCACUAUGUAGAGGAAAGCUGGCCUUGAUUUCAGGAGAUCUGCUUCUGCUUCUUCUAGUGCAGGGAUUAGAUAUAAGUGUAACCAUCUCAGCUUUUGUUGACUUUUUUGUUUUUUUGUAUUUGAAGUGUAUCUGUAGAACAUAAAGCUGAAAACCAGGAAAUCUGUUUCAAUGAUGUCAUUUUUUUCUGCCUAUGAAAUGAAUGCCUUAUGUGGGUAUGUGUUAAGGUGUGUAUAGGACAGGUGUUGAAGAUACUGCAUCAGAAGAUCAAGGAAGGAGUUGCUCUUUUUUGCUGUGUUAACUAUGUGUGAUUUGAUACAUUGUUAUUAUAAGUGUAGCUUUCAUACUGUUAAUAAAUGUGCUCUAUUUUUA